AAUCGACAGCGACGAUCAUGUAUGGAUCGCAUCUAUUAACGUUUUGGGCCAUUAUCUGCCUUGUGGCAGGGGCUACAUCAGACCACCUGGCGGCUAGCAAUGAGCAAGUGGAGGACUUCAACAUCCCGGAGAAUAGCAUAGACGAACGCUUCUCGCGCUCAUCCCAGGGCAUUCCGCAGCAGGCCUACGGGCCACCAGUUAUAUACAGCUCGGGAUCAAGCUAUCAAUCAAAUUCAGCGCCUGCUGCUCAGAGCUAUUCUGCGCCAGCUGCCCAAAGUUAUUCUGCACCGGCUGCUCCAACUUAUUCAGCACCAGCCCGUCAAGGUUAUUCUGCACCCGCCGCUUCAAGCUACUCAGCACCAGCCGCUGCAAGCAAUGCAGCACCUGCUGCUCAAAGCUACUCGGCACCAUCUGCUCCAAGUUAUCCACCUGUUCCAAGCUAUUCAGCACCAGCCGGUCCAAGUUACUCGGCACCCAAGGCUCCAAGCUAUGCUGCACCAGCUGCACCAAGCUAUUCAGCACCAGCCGCUCCAAGUUACUCGGCACCAGCCGCUCCAAGCUAUUCAGCACCAGCCGCUCCAAGUUACUCGGCACCAGCCGCUCCAAGUUACUCGGCACCCAAGGCUCCAAGUUAUGCAGCACCAGCUGCACCAAGCUAUUCAGCACCAGCCGCUCCAAGCUAUUCAGCCCCAGCNGCACCAAGCUAUUCAGCACCAGCCGCUCCAAGCUAUUCAGCCCCAGCAGGUCUAAGUUAUUCAACACCAGCCGCUCCAAGCUACUCAGCCCCAGCCGGUCCAAGUUAUUCAGCACCAGCCGCUCCAAGCUACUCAGCACCAGCCGCUCCAAGCUACUCAGCACCCGCCGCUCAAAGUUACUCGGCACCCAAGGCUCCAAGUUAUUCAGCACCAGCCGCUUCAAGUAAUUCUGCACCCGCUGCUCCAAGCUACUCAGCUCCAGCCGCUCCAAGUUAUGCUGCACCAGCCGCUCCGAGCUAUUCAGCACCCAAGGCACCUGUAUAUUCAGCACCUGUUGUACCCAGCUACUCAGCACCCGCCGCUCCAAGUUAUUCAGCACCAAAGGCUCACGUGUAUUCAGCGUCCGGUGCAUCAAGCUAUUCAAGUCCUUCUGCUCAUUCUAGGCCUGCAUCUCCGAGCUACUCAGCACCACCCGCAGUCGGAUAUGUAGCGCCGAAACCUCCUCCACCUGCCGCAUAUACAUCAUCAACGGCUUCUGCCUACUCUGCACGUAUGUACAAUUCUCCCGUGUUGGCAUCCGUGCAUAAUACAGGCUAUGGACAAGCAUCAGGUGGCCAUGGCGGAUCUUCAAUUCCAGCACCACCUUGUCCGUCCAACUAUUUAUUAAGCUGCAAAAGCGUCUUUACUCCUGCCCCGUGCAGUCAAGGCGCAGCAUAUUAGGCCUCAAAGUUGACCGUUCGAUAAAUAAAAAAAAUUAUGACAAACAU